AUGACCUUAUGUCUUAAGAAAAAUAGUAAAGUUAUACACUCCUCCGAAUUUUUGGAGUCCUUCAAUAAUUGCAAACAGAUUUUAACCAAUGCACCUAUCCUACAGUACCCAAACUUUGACGAACCAUUCAUACUGACAACAGACGCAUCGGACGUAGCCCUUGGUGCAGUACUGUCCCAAGAAAAAAUAGGUUCAGACAAACCGGUAGCAUACGCAUCAAGGACACUUUCGGAUACAGAAGCGAAAUACUCGACAAUAGAAAAGGAGCUCUUAGCCAUCGUCUGGGCAGUGAAAUACUUUAGGCCUUAUCUUUAUGGACGAAAAUUUGUCAUAUAUGCCGACCAUAGACCCCUGACAUGGCUAAUGUCACUAAAAGACCCUAAUUCUAAAUGA